AUGAGGGCGGCGAAGGCAGCGUCCCCGACCGCUUUUGCCUUUGCAAGGCCGCGCGCGCUCGCGCGAUUGAGGACCAUGAACAGUGUGGAAACGAGGAGGUCGCUCGUUCGGCGUUGUGCGUCCGUCACGGACGAGUUGUCUGCCGAUCAGUGCAAAGCUCUGCUCGAGGUCGCUCAGCGGGCGGCCGAGGCUGGCGGGGAGGUCAUCUGGGAUGCCGUGGACAAGCCCAGGAACAUAGAAUUCAAGGGCGCGACUGACUUGGUCACUCAGACUGACAAGGACGCGGAGAAGGCGAUCCUGGGUGUCAUCAUGGCGGCGUACGGCGAGGAACAUGGCGUGCUCGGCGAGGAGGGCGGAGUGUACGGCAACGCGUCGUCGGAGUACUUGUGGUGUGUAGAUCCUCUGGAUGGCACGACCAACUUUGCACACUCGUAUCCAUCCUUCGCUGCGUCCGUCGCCGUGCUGUACAAGGCGCGGCCGGUUGCGGCCUGCGUUGUCGCGUUCGGGGGCGGGCCGCACUCAUGGUCCUCGGCGGUGUACACGGCGGCGAAGGGUAACGGGGCUUACUGCAAUGGCAACCGCAUCAGCGUAUCCGACGUCUCCGACUUGCAACAGUCGUUGCUGGUGACCGGGUUCGGGUACGACCACGGCGCCGCUUGGAGCUGCAACUUGGAUCUGUUCAGGCACUUCACGGACGUCACGCAAGGUGUGCGGAGACUUGGGGCAGCAGCCGUCGACAUGUGCCUGGUCGCCAUGGGCGUCAAUGACGCUUACUGGGAGUUCGACUUGAAGCCCUGGGACAUGGCCGCGGGGGCCCUCAUGAUUGAGGAGGCGGGGGGCAAGGUCACAACGAUGGAUGGCAAAGACUUCACGGCGUUCGACAAGACCAUUCUCGCCAGCAAUUCCACGAAACUGCACGAGGCGAUCCAGGAAAAGACCGGGCCCGCCGUCGCGGAUCUGGCGUCGAAGGGCGUCGAGUUUGAGCGAUGGUUCAUCCCUGAGGGUUACGCACAGUGGCUGUAG